AUGUCGAUGAAAGCAGUUGUCAUCAAAGCACCUUAUGAGGUAAAGGUGGAAGAAAGACCAAUUCCAAAAUGCAAGGAACCAACAGAUAUCAUCGUCAAAGUACGUACUUCAGGUCUAUGUGGAAGUGAUUUACACAUUUAUCAUGGACAUACGACAGGAUAUGAUUUCAUAAUGGGACACGAAUUCGUUGGAAAUGUUCAUGAGAUUGGAUCAGCAAUUAAGAAUUUCAUAAUUGGAGAUGAUGUCGUGUCCCCUUUCACAACCUCUUGUGGUGACUGCUUUUAUUGUUCGCGUAAACAAACUGGUCGUUGUCCAAAAGGCAAAGUGUACGGAUCUGCUCCUUUGGACGGAGCACAAGCAGAAUACGUUCGUGUAGAGCUUGCAGAUUCAACUCUUUAUCCUGCACCAAAGAACAUUCCAGAUGAAUGUUUGAUUGUUAUGGCAGAUAUUGCACCAACGGGAUAUUACGUCAGUCAAAAUGCAAAUGUGAUGUUAACGGAUUACGAACGUACACAACCUACAACCUGCGUCGUGAUUGGAUGUGGACCUGUUGGACUUUGCGCUGUGACUGCGGCCUCUUCCAUGUUCACAAACGUGUAUGCGAUCGACCAAGUUCCUGACCGAUUAGAAGAAGCAAAGAGGCAUGGUGCCAAAGACGCCUUCACUUUAGGAGACAAUUUGGAAGAAAAGAUUAAAUCUCUCACAGAUGGUAGAGGUGCGGAUAUCGUGUUGGAAGUUGUUGGAGCCGAAUCUGCUUUACACUUGGGCAUGCAACUUGCCCGUCCGUUCGGUAUCAUCAGCUCUUGUGGAAUUCAUACGCAAGCCGUUUCGCUGCAUGGUCCUACAUUAUACAACAAAAAUCUUCGCUUACAAUUUGGACGCUGUCCGGUUCGUGCUCACUUUGAACCAGCUCUGAAGAUGGUAGCUGAUCAUGUGGACACAUUCAAGCCAUUCGUUCAACACUCUGUCCCGAUCGAUAAAGCAGUCGAAUAUUACGAUUUAUUCGAUAAACGUAAGAUUCGCAAAACAGUCUUUACCUUCCCGUAA